GGAACGCUCUCGCUCCGAGACUCUUUAAUUUUUCAUGUUUUCAAAAGCGAAAGAUAUUACGGGAUUCCCCCUACGUCAUCUUUAUUGGGCAGAGCUUCAAAUCAUUUCUGUCAUUAUUUCAAAACUUGACUGACAGCCGGAGAAAGUCACGUGAGGCAAUAUCGCAGCAUUGCAACUUUCGUAUCCACGGCCAUGUGCUCUCGGUACGUUCGGUAAUAGACUGACAGCGGACAAAACAUGACCGAUGAAGAACUUUAUGCCGAUUUUCCCAAAAUGGAGGACAUUUUUGAUGCCGGGUUGGCUGAAGAUGAACCCAGUUCUUAUUGGUUCAGCUUUGAGCCGCUCGUCGCCGAGGAAGAAAGCUCUCUAACGCAGAUGCACCUAUAUUCUGAGCGCCCAGAUUGUAACACAACCAGCUCUACGCCUAGUGAGCAGAUCACCGACUUGGAAAUCGCAACACUCCCUAUACGCGAACUUAACAAACGCAUGAAGAACCUUCCCCAAGCUGAGGUAUUGCAAAUCAGAAAACGCAGGAGAAGCUUGAGAAACCGCGAUUACGCGACCAACUGCCGGCGAAGGCGUGCAGCGGUUAAAGAGAGCUUGCUGACAGAAAAUCAGCGAUUGCAAGAUCAGCUACGGGCGGCAAAUGAAGUCCUUUCCAGAGCGGUAAAAGAAAGAGACUCUUACAAAAGAAAAUUUUCAGAACUGCAUAAGGCGUAUGUCACCUUUAAUAGACCUAAUGUUGCAAGAAAAUGGUAACUUUCAUGCAAUGGCAUUCAGUAUUGGACCGACAUAUUAAUUUGAGUAGAUUCGAUCACCGGUCUCACAGCCACAGAAACAAUAAUAAUACGUGUUACUGGAACUUUCCUUCAAAAUUUUAUCAUGUGAAGUCGAAUUAAGGUUAGUGUGCUCCAAAUGUAUACCAAUUACACGAGCUAUUUUGAGUAAUAUUCCGAAAGAAUUUCAUCAUCAGUCAUAUUUCUCAUAUCCUAGCGUAUUGUUAGAAUACUGAGGCUUAUAACGCCUGGUUAUUUCAAUUGGAAAUUCCGUAAACUAUAGCUUUAGAGACUCAGACACAACUCUCGUGUUUAGACAUUAUAGUUGCUUUUUGAAUGGCUUUGUAUUUCAGUCAGUGAUAAAAUUAACUUUACUUCAAUUCACUUGAUAACAAGCUUAUUCCAUUUGAAUAUUUAUUUUUAGACCUCUUUAUAACGCGAAAAGUCUAAUGUAAUUCGAACAAUUGCGUAUACAUAUUGUUUGUUGUUCAGAAGGGGAAAAGUUCUACCUACCUACUACUAACAAUGAUAUCUGUUAUAAAAUCCGAAAAUUGCUGUGGAAAUUUCGUUAUAAAGUCGGUAAAGAUUGAUUCGUCAGUUAGAGAAAAUGUCUCACUGAAAGAUCAUUUAAUACUGUUGCUGACUGAAAAAAAGUCAUUUUGUGUAUUAUAUGAUUGUGUCCGUAGGCGAUAUUUUUAAGUAAACAGGAAGGAAUAAAUUUUUGAACCAAAUGAAUUUAGAGGUAUUCAUGUAAUUUGAAGAAACUAUACUCUACUUCAAUUUGAUGUUGCAUGUUGUUAACAAAUUAUGUACAA